UAUCUCUCUCUUACUCAUAAUACUCUGCUUUUUCCUCUUUCUCUCUCACUCUUACUCUGUCUUUCUUCAUCAGACCAAAAAAACCCUAAUUUCGUAGCUCGAUUUCUCUCUUAUUUCAUCUCUCAAUCCUUUCCAAAAUGCAACAACUUCCGUUUCGAAGAUUGUGAAACUCGAUUUGGUUGUUUUCUGAUAGUAGAGAAAAAAAAAACGAAAGAGAGAAGACAAAUGCUGGAAGCUGCGAAGAACAACUCAAGCAUCCUCAAUGGAGGAGGAGGAGGAGGAGGAUUCUCUCAGCUACAAAGUUGCUUCGGCGAUUGCAGUAGCGAAGAAGAAUUAUCUGUGUUGCCACGUCAUACCAAAGUCAUCGUUACCGGAAACAACCGUACCAAAUCCGUACUCGUCGGUCUUCAAGGCGUCGUUAAAAAAGCCGUCGGACUCGGUGGUUGGCAUUGGCUGGUUUUGACUAAUGGAAUUGAAGUGAAGUUGCAGAGGAAUGCGCUUAGUGUUCUUGAACAUCCUACAGGGAACGAAGAAGACAAUGAUCUUGAAGUCGACCAUACUACACAGUGGAAUAAUCCUUCCGAUAUGACAACUGAGGACACUUUGAAGCCUCAUAAGUCGAAGCAGAGAGGACACAGAUCAUCGCGGUUAUCUCAAAAGGCUUUGUGCAGGGCAGUUUCUUGUGACUCACACUCAAAAAACUCGAGUAUUACUCCUCGCAUGAACAUGAAGGUUGAUCUUACCAAGUUGGAUAUGGCUGCAUUACUGAGAUAUUGGCGACAUUUUAACCUCGUGGAUGCUCUUCCAAAUCCAACAAAGGAGCAACUGAUUGACAUUAUUCAGAGACACUUCAUGUCUCAGCAAAUGGAUGAGCUUCAGGUUAUCGUGGGAUUCGUUCAGGCUGCAACAGGAAUGAAGAAGGCUUGCCAAGUGGAAGCCAAAAGAAGCCAGAAACACUGAUCUUUAACUGCAUCAGCUAAAUAUCCUUUAAUAGACUAACAAAAAUCUGUCGAAUCUGCGCGGGUCACAUGUUUUAACCAUUCCGCGGCUUAAAAAGUUUGAGUAUAGUAGUUUAGCUCUCUCUCUUUUGGGUAAACACUAGUAGUUGUUAUUGCUCUCUCAUGUAAGUAAGUCAUCAGGAACAAAAUGACAUGAAACAAAGAAAAUCUCUAGUGAA